AUGAGCGGCGGCGGCAGCGGCGGCGCGGCGCAGCAGUCACCUCACUCUCUAGCUUUCAGAGUGAUGCGAUUGUGCCGUCCGACGGUCCACGUGGACACCUCCCCUCUCAAAUUCGAUCCCUGCGACCUCCUUUUCGGCGAGGACCUGUUCGACAAUCCAACCGCCGUCGCCGGUCUCCCCCGCCUCCUCAGCAGCCAAUCGAAUCCCUCCGUCGUGGAUCCCUCCGAUCUUACCUACCGCAACAGAUUCCUCCACCAGCACCCUACCGACUCGCUCGGCCUCCCAGGCCUUCUCGUCCUCGCCCAAUCAUUUGGGGCGAUAUAUCUUGGGGAGACAUUCUGCAGUUACAUAAGUAUCAACAACAACUCAAGUUUUGAAGUUCGUGAUGUUGUGAUUAAGAACUUGAUUGCUGUUAAGCUUUGGAUUCUGAAAAUCAGCGGCAUUACAGUUUUUGACACAAUCGAGAAGAAAACGUACGACUCACUUCUAGAAUUGGAGAUAUAUGUUGACUCGGAGUGA